AUGACGGAGUACGGAGUCCAGACUACCAACCUCUUCGAUCUCCUCAGCGAGGAGGGUCCCUCCAAGGCCGCCGCCGCUCAGAAGAAGGCCGCCGCUGAUGCUGCCGCCGCUGCUGCUGCCCCCGCCGCCGCUGCCGCUGCCGCCCAGAAGAAGGCCCAGCAGGCCGCUGGCAAGCCCGCCGCCGCUGGCAAGAAGCCCGCUCAGGGUCAGGCCAAGCCCGCCGCCGCCGGUCAGGCCGCUGGCAAGGGUCCCGCCCGCGAGGGCAGGCCCGCCCGUGAUGGUCAGGUCAGCCGCCCCGCCCGUGAUGGCCAGGCUCCCAGGCGUGAUGGCGCCCCCGGUGAGGGCAGGCGUUUCGAUCGUCCCGCCGGUGAGCGCGGUCCCCGCGUGAACAACGGCGAGCGUCCCCCGCGUCGCGAGGGUGCCCGACGAGAGGGUGGCGGCGCCGUCGCCACCGUCGACGCCGAGGGCCGCCCCGUCCGCGAGCCGCGCCAGCGCAACGACCGCAGGGACCGCCCCGUCAAGGACCGCGGUGAUGCCAACGCCCCCAACUACGAGGGCAGGCGCCCCGCCCGUGGCCGCGUGUUUGACCGACACUCUGGCACCGGCCGCGACCCGACCGAGAACAAGAAGGGCGGCGCCGGCAAGUCCAACUGGGGCGCUGCCGGCAAGGACGAGCUCGCCGCCGUGAUCGAGGCCGCCGCCGAGCCCGCCGCCGCCGGUGAGGAGGCCGAGGGCGCCGUCGCUGCCGAGGGUGCCGCCGCUGAGGGCGCCGCCGCCGCCGCCGAGGGUGCCGAGACCAAGGGCAAGGACAAGGCCGUCGAGCCCGCCGCCCCGGUCGAGGAGGACCCCGACGACAAGCUGGUCUCCUUCGAGGAGUACCAGAAGCAGCAGAAGGCCGAAGCCGCCGCUGCCAAGAAGAAGUUCAAGCAGCCCAAGGCCCGCUCGGCCGGCGAGGGCGUCAAGCUCGACCCCAAGUGGGCCAACGCCGUCCCGCUCAAGAAGGAGGAGGACGCCCAGCCCAUCUCCAUCACCAUCGCCAAGAAGGAGGCCAAGAAGGAGGCCAAGGACGCCCAGCCCCAGGUCCAGCUCGCCAAGAAGGCCGCGCCCAAGGAGAAGACCAUCUCCGCCGCCGACAUCCUCCGCUUCGACACCAGCCGCCCACGCGGCGAGGGUCGCGAGGGUGGUCGCGGUGGCCGCGGCGGCUUCAACCGCGAGGGUCGCGAGGGUGGUCGUGGCGGCUUCGGCGGCCGUGGCCGUCGCGACGGCGGUGAGCCCACCGGCGAGCGCAGGCCCCGCCGGGAAGGCCAGGGUUCGCCGGCUCAGGCCGCGCCCCAGGCUGCUGCGCCCAAGAGGGAGGCCAAGGCCGCUCCGGCCCCAGCCAUCACCGAUGCGGCCCAGUUCCCCGCCCUCGGCCAGUAG